AUGGACAGUUUUGACGACCUUCUCGCACCCUCUCGGAACGUCCUCGAAGAGAAUCCAUUCGAAGACCCGUUUUCCAAACGUUCAUCUUCGCCAGACCCAUGGUCCAGCGGCUUCUCGCACACUGAGCCGGGGCCAACACAUCAUGAUUUCGACUACUACAGGACUGGCUUCGAGGACGAGCCCGAGCGUAGUACUAGCGCUACACCUACGACUGAGUCGUAUGUCACAGGCGAUCGUGGGCACAGCGACCAGAACAGUGCAGUUGACCCGCUGGAUGCGGCUGCACUGACUGCUGAGGAUCAUGAUGAUGAACAUAGCACAGCGCCGACAGAUGCUACCUUCCCACGUACACCUGGCUUCAGCAUAUUUACAUCUAACGCGGAAGACCAUACAACGACCGUCUCCGAAGUUAAAUCAGAAUCGCCCGCUCCUGAUGAUGAAAAGCCGGCCAGAGCGGCAACACCACCUCACCAGGAGCCAUCCCCGUCCUUAUCCACAAUACUUUCCUCUACGGAAGUUAUCACUCCUUCUGACAGCCCAGAGCGUGCUGUCAUCUCUCCGUUGGAACAGAGUUUUUCUCCAGCAACUGAUCAGUCCUUUGCAAGUCUUGCAGUGGGAGGAGAGUCUCAGCGGGGUUGGCAGUCUGACUGGGGAGCACAUGACAUUUUGCCGCCUGUUCCUUCGCCUGUCAUAAACACUACAGCCGAUGAGGAGGACGAUGAUGACAAGCCGAUAGGCCAAUCUGCUAAAUUCAAGGGUAUAGACAGGAUAAACUCUCCUCAGAUGGCAACUUCACCCGCUCCUACUGCGAUGAGCAGUGAUUCAUCAGCUCCUAUCUUCGUCAUUUCGGUCGACGACCCACAGCGCGUGGGUGACCCCAUUCGAUCGUUCACCAUGUAUACCGUGCAUACACGAACGACCUCUCUGCUUUUCCAGAAGUCAGUAUUCUCUGUGCUACGUCGAUAUUCAGACUUCCUAUGGCUAUACGAGACCCUUUCAAUGAAUAACCCGGGUGUCAUUGUCCCUCCUGCACCAGAGAAAAAUCCGUUUGGACGUUUCGAUGAAACAUUUGUACAGCAACGGCGAGUGGCGCUCGAGAAAUGUAUCCAAAAGAUUGUCAAUCACCCAGUGCUGGCAAAGGACCCUGAUCUCAAGCUGUUCCUAGAAAGUGACACUUUCUCCUUAGACAUCAAACACAGGAAGGCUGAGAUUUCGCACGAAAGGGGAGGGCUCAUGGCAUCUAUCGGCCAAACCUUGGCGGGUCCGCGGUUUCAUGAAACCGAUGAGUGGUUCGAUAAACAGCGCGCGUAUCUGGAUGGCCUCGAGUCACAGCUGCGCGGAUUAGUGAAGUCAAUAGAGGUUGUUGCGAAGCAGCGAGCCGAAUUGGCUGCUGCAACUGGGGAGUUCGCCACUGCGAUCACUGACCUGUCGGGUUCUGACAUUGGGAAGCAACUGGAGCAAUCAUUAGAAGCCAUGGCUGACGUUCAGCGCAAGGCUGAGGAAGUUCAGACCAUUCAGUCACAACAGGACGUGAUGACUCUUUUGGCCACUGCGGACGAGUAUUCAAGGUUAAUCAACUCUGUUCGAAUGGCUUUUAAUUCUCGCAUGCGAACGUACACUGCUUGGCAAAAUGCUGAUGCCGACGUCCGCCGUGUUAAGCAAAACCAUGAACGACUUCGAGCUCAGGGUCGUUUGCCUACGGAUCGGAUAAGUCACACCGUCAGCCAAAUAUCAGAGGUUGAACGUCGAGCUCUGGACGCCAAGCACGAAUUCGAUCAGUGCUCAAAACUAAUAAAAUCUGAAAUGACGAGAUUUGAGCAGGAGCGCGUGGAGGAUUUCAAGAACGCUUUACAAUCUUUCCUGGACGGCAUGAUAUCCAGACAGAAAGAGUUCAUUGCUACAUGGGAGAACUACCAACAAGUCCUUCUGAAACGUGUUGGUGCUCCCGAUGUGAGUUAA